AUUUGGCCCUUUGGUGGGUUGCCCGCCCCUGUGUGCUCAGCACUUUCAAUCGCUGUGUAGGAUUUUAUGCUGAUUCUCGGCCCCUGGCCUAGCCAUUCCUCUGUUGUUUCCAGCUUUUUGCUCCAAGACGUGGUGCCACUGGCUGCUUCUCGGUGGCAAUGCGGGUCUUUUCGUCCUUUGGACCUCACGCACAGAGCAAGUCUCUUUGUUCCCGGGGCGCUGUCGCCGGGUGGGGGGGAAGCUGCCCUGUGGAGCCCAGGCAUUUCUGCAGGUCAGCAGAGACCGGGGAGGCCAGUGUGAUUUUUUUUUUUUCAGCGCCAGUGUGAACGGUCCCGUGGAAAACUCCAGCGGGCAGCUCGCUGCUGAUUCAGUCACCGGCCUUCAGGGCCCGGCGGGCUGUGCCAGCCUCUGCCUGCCGCUGAGCUCCAAGCAUGUUGAGUUUUUAUUAUUACAGAGAAGAGGGGAGCGCGCUGCCCGUCGUCGCGGGGGCGAGCCUCGUUCUGCUGCCAGGGGGGGCGCUUUCGGAUGGAGCCCUGAGUAUAAAGAGGAAAAAUGGCUCUAGGAAAUCAGUCAAGACCACCCGGGAUGGAGAGCCUUCCUACGUGUAUAACAUGAAUUUUGAGAAGGUGGGCCAAUGCAUCAUAAUAAACAACAAGCACUUCAACUCAUCGACAGGUAUGAACGUCCGGAAUGGAACAGACAAAGAUGCCGAGGCUCUUUACAAGUGCUUCCGGAACCUGGGCUUUGACGUGGUCGUCUAUAAUGACUGCUCCUGUGCCAGGAUGCAGGAGUUGCUGAAACAAGCUUCUGAGGAGGACCACAGAAAUUCAGCCUGCUUCGCCUGCAUCUUACUCAGCCACGGAGAAGAAAACUUAAUAUAUGGGACAGACGGCAUGAUCGCUCUCAAGGACUUGACGGGCCACUUCCGGGGGGAUAGAUGCAAAACCCUCUUGGAGAAACCCAAACUCUUCUUCAUCCAGGCAUGCCGGGGGACAGAGUUUGAUGACGGGAUCCAGGCCGACUCGGGGCCCAUCAGUGACACGGAUGCCAGUCCCCGAUACAAGAUCCCAGUCGAGGCCGACUUUCUCUUCGCCUAUUCCACAGUUCCAGGCUACUACUCAUGGAGGAACCCGGGCAGCGGCUCGUGGUUCGUGCAGGCCCUCUGCGCCACCCUGAAUGAGCACGGGAAAAGCCUGGACAUCCUGAAGAUCCUCACCCGAGUGAACUACAGGGUGGCCCGGGACUUCGAGUCGCAGUCCGACGACCCGCGCUUCCACGAGAAGAAGCAGAUCCCGUGCGUGGUCUCCAUGCUCACCAAGGAACUCUUCUUCUCAAAAUAACCAUUCGGUGGGGGGUGGGGGGGGGUGUGCGGUUUCACUGACCAGCAACAGGUUCUUUGUUGGUGAAUCUUUUUUUUUUUCUUGGAUGCUCUUGACAUACCUGUCAAUUCUAAAGGAUUUUUAUUUCAGGAAAACGUGUUGAUUCAACAGGAAGGAAGCUUUCUGGUGCUGUCUUUUGGUCUCUGGGUUUUCUCAGAGUUCUCCAUUUGAUGACUUUGUAAUUUCCUCUGAAGAUUAUUUCUUUUUGUCUGUAUUUUUCCCUCCUGUUGUCACAUGUAGCACAUACAACAAAAAUGACCUCUGCAGGUGCUCUUGGCUGUGUCCACUGUGACUGGAGGUGACAUUGGUGGACAGUCAGAGUCCUAUUUGUGCCUGGUAGAAAUAGCCCCGGUGCUUGACAAAACACGGCCAAGGGGUACUCAGUCCCCUGUGUUGCGGCAGGUGGGUAUAGAGUAUGGUUUGAGUGGUUUUUUAGUGGCUUGGGGCAGAUUCUCAUGCAGAUUCCCAAAUAAGUUACAAGGAAAAAUGAUGUAAUGAUUCUAUUAUGUAUGGGUCAGGAUCCGGCCAGGAAAACAGAAGCCCUUCUCCGUGUUUCAAUAGAAAGAAUCGAAUAGAGGAAAUGGACCUAACCAAGAUGAUAAAAGAGAAGCCAGACAAAAGGAAGGGGUUACUACCUAGAGCCGUGAGGCCGUGUGUCUCCCUGAGCCCAGAAACGGGGUCGUUUGCGGAGCUGGAACCACAAGGAGGGGCUGCCCGGUGGGAGCUGGUGCCACCUGGGAGAGGAGCGAUGGAAAACGUCAGCAGGGCAGGGCGAAGCCAGUGCCUGAGAGGGGAACUCCGGGUGUGCCCUACGUGGAGAUGUGCGUCUAACUGCAGCAGCUGCUCCUCCAGCGCCACCUGGAAGCCAGUUGACAAGGGCCCUGGGAGUGGUAUUGCCCUGCAGCGCAGCAGGGCAAGGGCGAGUGAAGGAGGCGGGGGAGGAGUGAGAAGCAGAUAGGAGUGUGCCCCUCCUGUGAGCAGACGCCCUUCUAUUCCCUGUUCCGCUACCGUGCCAUCCAACCGUCUGUUCGUUCCAUUGUCAGACAAUCUCCGUAUUGCCCAAUACGUGCAAAAUAAUCUGUGUUAGCUUUAAUAGAUACCUGAAACUUUAUAGAUGAUUCCAAGCCUUAUUCUGAGUACAUUUUUUUGUUGUUGUUACUUCUAAUUCUCUAGGUGGGGAAAAAUUUAUGGCAAAGAUUUUUGCACUUUGUUUUUCAGGCGGUGUUAUUUUUUGAAAUCUUGGUAAAUUGCUACUUUAUUCUGCCUAAUACCUUGUUAACAAACGUUCGUAUUUAUUGAUUAAAAUGUGGUUGCUUAAUUUC